UCGAGGCUUUGCGGCUCGCUCCCUAUGUAAAGUCUACACCUUACUUGGCAUCACUGGAGCUGCAAAAAGAAAAGCCAUCAAGUCCACCACAGAGGCUGCAGAGAGAGCCUCCAGGUGGAUUUGGAUGAAGAGGUCUGAAACGUGGGCCAAUGCUGCUGGGACACAAGUUGGGGCCUGAUCAGCCCUGGCUGGGUCGCCUGAAGGAGGGUGUCUGAUGUUGCGAGACCCGAAACACCCAAAGAUCUCAGGAAACAUCACUGAUGAUGUGUCCCAGGGCAUCUACGGAUGUAUCUAUUCACCUUUUUAACUGGCGUGACCAGUGACCCCCAGGAAGAGACUGGGUGACAACCAAGUAAGAUUGGUGACAACUGGAGAGACAGUGACAGCACGGAAAGACGGCAGUUGGGGCAGGAAGGGUUAGCAGCCCAACCUGCAUCUCCUGUGAGGGAGAACCCAGAAUAAGCUACAGAUCAACCCACAGAUAAACACCCCCAGGGGAGCCCGAGAGGGGGGGAGGAUGAGCACCCCAUUAGGACGGACCUAAUGACGACAACUUCUGAAAACGGAAUAUCGACGACGAGCAGAUGCUUUUGCGGCAAGGUCUGCAAGAACGCCCGAGGCCUAAAGAUCCAUCAGAGCCGGAUGAAAUGCUUGGAGCAGGAGAGCGCAGCACAACGCACAGGAAUAACGCCUGGUGAGACGCAGGAGGAGCCUGGCCCGGAGACAACCCACAGUGCCCAGAACCUCCAAGUGCCCAGCACUCCAACUCCCAGCAGAGUAGUCCAGAAUCAUCGUAUUAAGUGGCCUCAAGCGAAGCAGCAUGGGCUGUGGCAGCAGUUUGAUGAUGAUACAUCUAGAAUUGUCAACUCAACAGCAAAGGGAGGCGUAGAAAGCCGACUGAAGUACCUGACCACCAUUAUAACAAGUUUUGGGGCCGAAAGGUUUGGCGUCGAGCAGGCCAAGUCCAGUAAGCCCACUUACAUCAACAACCGGAGGGCAGACAAAGUCCACCAUUUACGAAAAGAACUGCGUACACUGGCAAAGCAGUUCAAGGUAGCAGAUGAAGAGGAAAAGCCACCUCUCGCGGAGCUUCGACACACUAUCCGGAAGCAGCUUAAGACCCUGCGCAGAGCUGAAUGGCAUAGGAGACGGAGGGUGGAGAGAGCCAGGAAGCGAAGUUCCUUCAUAGCCAACCCCUUUCGUUUUGCUAAGCAGUUGUUGGGACAGAAACGAAGCGGACGUCUCGAGUGUUCCCAGGAAGAGGUGGACAACUUUCUGCACAACACCCUCAGCGACCCAGUCAGAGAGCAAGGACUUGGACCACAGACAGCCCUUAGGGUCAUGCCAACCCCUACAGUGGAGUUUAACACCUCAGAACCCACUUGGAAGGAAGUCCAGGAGGUGGUAACAGCAGCCAGAGCCAGCUCCACUCCAGGCCCCAGUCAAGUACCCUAUAAGGUGUACAAGCGCUGUCCAAACCUCCUCAGAAUUCUAUGGAAGUUGCUGCGAGUGAUUUGGCGGAGGGGAACCAUUGCAGACCAAUGGAGACAGGCGGAGGGUGUCUGGAUACCAAAGGAGGAGAACUCAACCAGGCUGGAGCAGUUCCGAUCCAUUUCACUUCUCAGUGUGGAGGGGAAGGUCUUCUUCAGUAUCCUUUCCAGAAGGAUGACAGACUUCCUCUUGAAGAACAAGUACAUCGACACCUCAGUACAGAAAGGUGGCAUUCCUGGAGUUCCUGGCUGCCUAGAACACACCGGAGUAAUUACCCAGCUGAUCAGGGAGGCACGAGAAGGGAAGGGGGACCUGGCAGUGCUGUGGCUGGACCUAGCUAACGCAUAUGGGUCAAUUCCCCACAAGCUGGUGGAAACCACUCUGGACCGUCAUUACAUACCCGAUAAGAUCAAGGACCUCAUCCUGAACUACUAUGGGAACUUCAGGUUGAGAGUGACAUCAGGGAGCAUAACAUCCAAUUGGUAUCGGCUCGAGAAAGGGAUUAUAACUGGUUGUACAAUCUCAGUUAUCCUGUUUGCCCUUGCCAUGAAUAUGUUGGUGAAGGCAGCUGAGAUGGAGUGUAGAGGCCCCCUGUCCAAGUCUGGAAUUCGUCAGCCCCCCAUUCGAGCCUUCAUGGAUGACCUGACAGUUACCACUACGUCAGUGCCUGGAUGCCGGUGGAUCCUUCAAGGCCUGGAAAAGCUCAUUUGUUGGGCUAGGAUGAGCUUUAAACCAAUCAAAUCUAGGUCCAUGGUCCUGAAGAGAGGGAAAGUGGUGGACAAGUUUCGCUUCUGUGUGGACGGUGAAACGAUACCAACGAUCACUGAGAAACCAGUCGUAAGCCUAGGCAAGGUUUUCGACUGCAGCCUCAGAGACACAGCAUCGGUCCGAAUUACCAUUAAGAAGCUUGAAGCCUGGUUGUCCACAGUAGAUAAAUCUGGCCUUCCUGGCAGGUUCAAGGCAUGGUUAUACCAACAUGGCAUUCUGCCCCGCAUCCUCUGGCCGCUGUUAGUGUACGAGGUGACUAUGUCCACUGUUGAGACCCUGGAGAGAAAGAUCAGCUCUUUCCUCCGAAGAUGGCUAGGCCUGCCACGCAGUCUAACUAGUGCAGCAUUAUACAGCAGAAGCAACAAACUCCAGCUUCCUUUCAGCAGCCUGGAGGAGGAAUUUAGAGUUUCUCGUACAAGAGAGGCACUUGUUUAUCGAGAAUCCAGCGACUCCAGAGUUGCUUCAGCAGGCAUUGUGGUGAAGACUGGCAGGAAGUUCAGAGCUCAAGAGGGGCUAGAACUGGCAGAAUCUCGUCUAAGGCACAGGGCUUUGGUGGGCACGGUGGCCGUUGGACGAGCAGGGCUGGGGUUAUUCCCACAGCCACGGUUCCACCGGGCCCAGGGAAAGGACAGACGCCACCUUGUCCUGGAGGAGGUACGGUCAGGUGUUGAGGAGGUGAGGACCAGCAGGAUGGUGAGCAUGCAGCAGCAAGGAGCAUCAGCAAGAUGGGAAGGAGCGCUGGGGAGGAAGCUGACCUGGAAUGACAUCUGGAAGGCAGAGCCACAGCGUAUCAAGUUCAUGGUCCAAGCUGUGUACGAUGUGCUACCAAGCCCUGCUAACUUAUACGUCUGGGGGAAGUGCGACCUUUCAACGUGUCCCCAGUGCCCAGGAAGGGGCACAUUGGAGCACAUCCUUAGCAGCUGCCCAGCAGCCCUUGGAGGUGGACGCUACCGCUGGCGCCAUGACCAGGUGCUGAAGACAGUAGCUGAGACCAUAGCUACUGCAGUGGCUAACAAUAUACACACCCGAAGCCGGAGGGUAGUACCCUUUGUGAAAGCUGGAGAGAAGCCACGACCACAGUCAAUUCCAACAUCCAGCCUACUUUCAUCGGCAUCAGACUGGGAACUGCGAGUUGACUUGGGCAAGCAGCUCAAGUUUCCAGAGUAUGUUACAUCAACCGCAUUGAGACCAGAUGUAGUGCUGACUUCUGUUUCUUCCAAGCAAGUUCUCUUAUUAGAAUUAACAGUCCCUUGGGAGGACCGCAUGGAAGAAGCCAACGAACGGAAGCGGCUUAAAUACCAAGAGCUCAUAGAGGAAUGUCGGAGAAGGGGCUGGAAAGCCCGCUGCGAGCCAAUAGAGGUGGGAUGUCGAGGCUUUGCGGCUCGCUCCCUAUGUAAAGUCUACACCUUACUUGGCAUCACUGGAGCUGCAAAAAGAAAAGCCAUCAAGUCCACCACAGAGGCUGCAGAGAGAGCCUCCAGGUGGAUUUGGAUGAAGAGGUCUGAAACGUGGGCCAAUGCUGCUGGGACACAAGUUGGGGCCUGAUCAGCCCUGGCUGGGUCGCCUGAAGGAGGGUGUCUGAUGUUGCGAGACCCGAAACACCCAAAGAUCUCAGGAAACAUCACUGAUGAUGUGUCCCAGGGCAUCUACGGAUGUAUCUAUUCACC